UGUUAUUCUCAAUGACAUUUGCCGAAUUGAACGCAUGCGAAAAAAUCUCUCACAUUAGAUGGAACAGGAGUCGGUUGAAACCCGUUAUGGAGUAUUGUGCAAUGAUGUAGCCUUCAUUCGGAAAGACGAAACACUGAAGAAAACGAUUGAGAAGAUUGGCAAAUGCUUGAAGGAUGUCUGCGAAGACUACGACAAGUACCACCAUUUUAGCAUCGAAGAAAAAGUUUGGUAUGAUACGUAUAUUGCCUACAGCGUAAACUCGCUGUUCUGGAUACAUCGUAAGCUCACCGGUAAAACGGAGGAUAAUGACGAGAUUAUGCAUGAAUUAGUAAAGGUGCGCUCAGCUAUGGUACGCUUGAAGGAAAUCAAGGACAAUGCCACCAAACCUCGGCUCGAUGGAAAGGCAGCCAAGCGGUUCAUUCGGGCCGGGCUGUACGACGCUCAACAGCCUCAUCGCAAAAGACCUAAAAACCCCUCAAACGAACUGGAAACAUGAAUGUCUAACGCCUCACAUUCAAAGUUUAAACAAGACUUACUGAUGUACAAUGGUGCCAAUAGUUUGGCAAAUAUAACAUCGUGUAUAUUAA